AUGGCGGACACGAACUGAGAGUCUUGGAUCAAAUCGAAAUAUGGCGCCAGUCUACGUUUCUUUAGUAUGCUGAGAGUAGACUUUGGCCAAAGCUUGUUGGACCAUUGUGGGGUCUUGAUACUUGUACAACCAGUUGGAUAUAUAGGAGACAAGCAAUUUAGGGCAUUUUACGAGGAAAUUUCACAGUACCGACGUGCGCAGGUACCCAACACAACAAGGACACUUCACUUGAGGUAUUCCAAAAGGGUGACUCCACAGUUUAUUGAGUGGGGAAAUUUUCAUUUUCACAAGCGAGUGUUGGGACUCAUCUGUGUAGGGAAAUGUUCAGAAAUCAACGAAGUGGAAAAGUUGGAAAAACCUGUCAAUGAGAUUAAGAAUCCUUUUAGUGCCAUUUUACUGAACACACGAUGCUUCGUAUUUGGGUGUAAAUCUGGUGGUGAUGUCAAAAUCAGGAAGGAUUUUGCCCUCAUCAGGGGCGAAGAUCACUGCCAGGAUUUGCAGAAUAAUUUAGCAGACUUUGUAGCCUCUCUGUUUAACGUUUUGGAGUCUAAAAGGCUUAGUAAAUUAUCUGAGAAGGUAGAUAAGAUUCUUCUUAUACAAGCCCCUGUGGAACAAGAGAGCUUUGGCGGAGAGAAUGACAAUAGGUAAGUUUGCAUAUAAAACCUUGGGUGUUAGCAAACAAACUGAGGACUACACAAAAUUAAACUAAAUUGGACAAUGAUUUAGUGCUGUUCAUGCGUUGAACAAAACAGAAUGUUAAUAAUUUUCUGGAGGAAGCGGGGAGGGUGGUUGGUGGAAGGGGUUGACUUCUCAACCACUGGCAAAUUGAAUGUCAUUGUUUGAUUUUGUUUGUUUUUGUUCAGAGGUGGGACUUUAGUUAAAAAAAAAAAACAAAAGAAAAGUGUUUCUGCUCCAGCACACUUGUGUCAUAAAGUAAUUAAUGUGUUUCUGUGAAAAGUUUGAACUCAGGAGUCAUUUUAAAAGUAGGCUGAUUUUGAUCAUCAGGGUGAAUGUAGUCUUGAAUAUGACUGUUGUUGUUGACAGUGACUGACGUUUCGAUGACCUGUGCAGUAGUCAACUUCAGAGUCAAAGUGAGUUGUACCAGUUAAUGGUAUUAUACUCUGGUUAUUGACCUGACUGGUCAAUUACGUUGUGAUGGUAUUGAUCGUCUGUUAGUUCAGCGGUGAUGUUAUUGACUAUGGAGACUCGUAAUGUAAUUUGUGCGUCUUGUGAUUCUUCUAUUGUCACAGUCAAACAGUCAUCUAUUAUUAGUCAAAUUGUCAGUUGUCCAGUCGUCCUCUCGUCCUCUCGUGCCUAGUUUUGCUUGAUUUCAGCAAGAAGUCAUUUGUAUGGUGCCAGUAACUGUUGACUGCGAUUCAGUGGCGUCUGUUCUAAGUUAGCAAACCAGCUGUCUUAAGUGAGUCAUUGAUAGUAGUCUGUAGAAUACGGAAUACAUGUCGCAGAGCUCCAGUCGAUUUCAUGUUUCGUCUGUAAAUGGGGUGAAGCAAUUGUGAUUGUUGGCGUCACCAUUUCUCAUUGCUUGUUUGUGUUCAUUCAGUCGCAUGCUAAGGUUUCUGCCAGUUUUACCAAUGUAAGUAGGCUGGCAGUCGCAGCAUUUGAUCUUAUAUACUUCUCCCUGUCUGUCCUCCGGUUUGUCUUUGCCCUUGACAUUAAUAAGUAGUCGUUGUAAAGUGGUUAUCGGCUUGUGUGCAACAUGUAUAUUGUAAGGUUGUAGUAUACGUGCAAUAGUUUUAGGUGCCUCUGAUGUACAGUAUAGUCACUGUCGUAACACGGUCAGAGUUGACGUUGGUCUGAGUGUUGGAAUCAGUGUCACUGUGAGUUUUCUGUCUAACAAAGUCCGCGUUGUAGUUGUUUUUGCUAAAAAUGUUGUUUAGAUAGUCGGUCUCGUCUUGUAGGCUGUCAGGUAAGUCACAAACCAGUUGCGCUUGUCUUGUUAAAGUCUGUAUGGUUGUAGCCUUGUGAGAGGUCUGCUUGUAUGAUGACCAGUCUAUUUAUUGGUCGGUAUGUGGCGAUUUUGUGUAAAUAGUCGUCCGUAGUCUGUUGUUGUCGCAAUUGACCAAACAGUCUAGAACAGGUAUCUUACCAUUUUCCUCUAUCUCCUUGGUGUGUUUCUAUUGGACCAUAACACUUUACAUGAAAGAGAAAAUGUUAGUCCAAAACUUUGUCAAUCACCAAGAUUUGUUUUGUUCACUUAGUUACCACCCUGGGUUACAUAGUAAUGUCUUUCAAUAUUAUUGAAAAUAUUCAAAUAAGAUUGUACACUUUCGCUGUGUUUAAAGAAGGUUUAAAAAAACUGUAAUGUAAUUUGGAAUGUGAAAUCAGGGGAAACAAAAUUUCAGAUUGCCAUCUCAACCCAAUUCAUUGUAUGAAGUGUAUCUUUUUCUUGAGAGUUUAAGUUAUAAUUGUACAUCAAAGCCUUAUAGUUGGAACCUCAAAAAAUGUCCACCCUUUUUAAUGAUCAGUGCCGGUCAGUUUAUGGACACUAGUGAUUUUCUUUGACAAAUAACUUUAAAAAGACAAGACAUUGUCCAUUGAGAUUGAUUGAGUUUUACUAGUCCUGGCCCAGUGGACUAGCGUUAGUGUCAAGCACUGCUGAUAUAAUCUUCUGAUCUUUGUGUUCGCUAUUGUACACUCUUAAGGGACCACCUUCCAUAAGUAACUACUAACACUUCGCAUUUUGGGUUGUCGCUUACAGGAAGUUCAACCAUAUCAAACACCAUCUUUUUUAUCUCUAUAUAGAGCAACCAAGCGGAAAACCAUUGGCAGAUCUAAAAAGUAUACUGGAGAUUUGUGCAUGCUGGCAGGGUUACCUCAAGAUGCCCUCAGUCAAUACCUAAUAGCUGGGGAACAUCUAAGAGCUGCUAAUGAUGUACUUUGGCUCGCUGGGUCUUUAGAAGGCCAGUGUGCUGCGUCUCUAGUGCUAGACAGAGAGGAAGAAAGAGGCAUUAACUCAUUGAUUCUGCCUACUGAAUGUGCAGCAAACUCCACAAAUUUGACUCUUAAUGGACUAGGCAAUGAUGUUGAUGAAUCAAAGUUUAGAAAUCCUAUGCUGUUAAGUAAAGAAGAGAUUGUUGAAAGGUUGUCUGAAGCUUUGAAACUUUAUAGCAGAGUGAGUAACAUUUUCAAUGAUUGUAAUGAGUUUUGAGAGUCAUGCAUUGGAAUAGAAAGUACUCUUAUUUCAAUUUCCUGUUCAACUUUUGGUUUUAUCUUAAUCAUUUUACAAAGCAAAUUUUUUCAGAUAAUGUAAGAUACAUUAACUUAACUCAAUAUAUGGUAAUGGUAAUGGUAAGGGUAAUUUAUUAUAUGCAUAUAAUUAUGAACAAUGAGCUUAGCAAACUGCUGUUGGUCCAUUCAUGAGCUUACAUAACUUUGAUAUAUGUGAUAAGUGGGAAGUGACAACUUACAUUUAGGUUCAGAUGGUGGUAUAGUUUUUUUAUAUCCAACAAGGCUGGUGGCUUUAAAUGCCACAGCCCAGAGAUAUGAUCAUUUUAACUGAGGCAUGAUCUUAAAUCCAGCCAGCAUGAUCUUGCCUUGAGCUCUUUAGCCCUUUAAGUCCCGAGAGUGACCAACAUCAAUUUUCUCCUAACAAUAAUCCAGUAGUUGUCAAGAGAUACAGUUAUGACAAUUAACAAAUGAUCACCAAAGAGACAAUACCUUGAUCUGUUAUUAAAUUCUCUCCACUGAUUCUUAAAGGAAAUGUAUGGAGAUCAGUUUGGAGAAUUUGUAUGUUGAUAUUGGGACUUAAAGGGUUAAUUUUUGUUUCAUUUUUAUGAAAACUGUGAUCGGUGGCUUGGCCAGGGUUUGAACCUGGCCCUUUCUGGCCCAGAUCAGUGUUAUACCAACUGAGAUAAAGAUGUUGUGACAGUUGUUUCACAUUUUACAUGUACUACAUGUAAUAAAAUUAUUUGAUUCAUAUGUACAGACUGUGGUAUUAUUUUUAUCUUGUAAUACAGGUCAAAGGUGCUGCUGUUAUAGAGACUGAAGCUAAUCUCAAGUUUACUAGACUUUUAAUAGUUUACAAGGUAUGUAAUAAUACACCAAAGAAAUAUACCAGGUGAGCUUUUGUGCAAAAUGGGGAUAUCUUCACUCGUGACAAUAACAUGUUAUCUCCACAUGUGAAAAGAUCACUGAUAGCUAUGGCUACUUAAUAAAUUGUGCCUUUCAGAGCAAAAAGCUGUUAAAGAGAAAUGGUUUGGUAUUUUAUUGGUGUUUAUAUAUAAUAAGUAGAACAUGACAUGGUCGCUUGGAGAUAUGAGUUUUGAAAGGCAGGCAGGAAUGUCGUGCCACACCUGAUCACAGAUAGGUCCUAUGAUGGUUGAGUAGACUUUAAGGAGUAGUCUACUAGGUACUCCUGGUUUUCUUAAUAUUGGCAAUGAGAAGACUAAGGCAUGAGGUAAGAAGCAGCUCACAGUUUACAUGUACCUACACAUGGCCAAAGCAGCUAAGGCAAAUUAUAAAAAUUAUUUACUUUGAUGGCUAACUGUUCAUCUACUGAACAAAAAGGACAGGAAUAAAAAGCUAUGGCUGUGUCCACAAUGCUAUUCAUAUUUUUUCUUUUUCUUAUCUUUAGAGGCGUAUUGAAGCAAGCAUAGCUUUGCAGAAUUCAUUGUCAGUGAAUGUCUCAUUAACAGAACAGGAAAAGGUGAGGGUUUGAUUUGAGUACAGUGGAAUCUUUGCUUGCAUACACUUUCCAUUACUGACUUUAACCUGUAGGAAUGGUCCUAGCCACAUUACCAAUGCAGCUUUUUUAACCCCCCUCCUAAGCAAGCUAAAGGCUUUUCCCUCACAAAUAGACUCUCUAUAUGAAUGUUAAAAAUGAACUCUCUCAAAGGAUCUGAAAUUAUGUCAGGAUCAUUUAAUAGGAUCUAGUGCAAGCUUUUUAGAUAAUAGUUUUUUUUUAAAACAUUGAACAUUACAUGUAUUUUGCUGUUGAUGCCAUUUCAGAUCCAGCGAUAUAGCACUGCUGCUGUGUUAUAUGAUGACCUGGGAUUCAAACGAAAAGCGGGAUUUUUCACUAGAGUUGCGGCAAUGCAGUGUGCCUCACAGCAGCUACCCAAUCCUCUGUGGCUUUUGGUAAGAUUUUGAAUUUUUCUUUUUCCGUUAGACUUAUUAAUUUCUUGUACACUCUGACAGUCAUGAUGUUGUUAAUGAAGUUUUGCUAUAUUAUCUCAUGUGAAUAGUUUGUUAAUUGUGGGAAAUCUUUUUUGUUGUUGUUGUUGUUUGUUUGUUUUCUUCAACUGUUCACAUUGUCAGCAGUAUGUUGCAAACGUAGCUGCAAGGACCAUUCAUAAUAUUAAUUCCUUUUAUUUAUCUCAUGUUUACAUGGGAGUUAUUUUGUGAAGAUUUAGAAUUACAGUUGAACCUGACUCUACAACACCCACCUUGGGGACAGAAGAAAAUGGCCAUUGUAGUGAGGUGGCUGUAGUAGAGAGGUUGAAACAAGAGUGAAUGUAUGGACUGUCCACCUAAAAAAAUGGCUUUGGUAGAGAGGUAGCCAUUGUGGAGAGGUGGCAAUAGACCUUUUUACUGAUACGACAGCCAUAUUGUAUUAAUUCGAUUUAAGGAGUAUUAUAGGAUGCCCAGGGGGUAUAAGCACAUUUCAUUUGUGUUUUGAGCGCUUUUUGGGAUAAGAUUGUAAUGGGAAAAAAGAUCUUUGUGCUGUGUUUGGAUGUAAUAAUGAUCACCUUUUUCUAGUUUAGUAUUAGAAAUAUGGUCUUUCACUGUGUAUUUCUCGGGAAAAAGGCAAUCAUUAUUACAACUGUACAUCCAAACACAGCACAGAGAUGAUUAUUACCAGUGGUGCAAUCAUGUUAUUUCCAUGGUCUGCUCUCAUCGACCGUGGCUGUCGACCAAUCAGAGUGCAAAAUAUAGCUCUGUUAUUGUAAAAUAAACAUUGUAAAAUUUUUCAUAAUAGUAAAUACUGAUAUCCAACUUAUAUUAUUUUCAGUCGUACAACUUUCUUAUGAGUGCACUCAAAGGGUACAGAAUUCAUCUUGAUCAGAAAGAUGCUCCUAAAGGUGAGUUGCUGUAAUACUUGUGUAGCUUAUCUCUUGUUUCUGUGAGGAGCAAAUUAAAAGCGUGGGUGCCAUUAAAUGGCUGUAAUAUAAUUAACCAGUUCUUGCCGUCUGUGCUUAUCAUAGCAGGAGAUAGAUAUAGUUUGUAAUGAAGAACAUAAAAACAGAAGCUUGAGGUCAUCAGAAACAUGGUGAAUUGCAUGUGAUGGAUCUCAGAAACAUGAGCCCUGUAAGCCUGUAGUGUAGUGUCUCUAUCCCCUCCCCCUUAUUUUCCUUUUUGGCAGGCCAGAAAAUGGAUAGCACUGAAAAAAAUUGUGGGGGUGUGGGGGGUGGGGGGGGGUUCAGGGUUCAUUUUAAAGUGAGUAUGGUCUCUAUUGCAAUGGAUUGAAAUGAAACCUGUUGUAAAGGAUUUUGUGCAUGCAAGAAGUGCAAAGGGUGCAUGAGGGAGAGGGAAGUUCCCCCCCUUCUCCAUUGUUGACAAAUCAUGCCCAUUCCGCUUCCUUUUCGAUUGCCUACCAUGCAGGCGGAUCAUGAUACAUUUCUGGGAAACUUCCCACCCACCCCUCCCUUAAGCCAACAUUAAAACUUACUUCUCACUCAGGGCAAAAUGUUGGCUUAGGGGAGGGGUAGGUGGGCUGUUUCCCAAAAACGUAUAAUGAUCCAUGCGGGCUAAGGUUUCAGCAGACAGGUUACGUACAGUUUCCCAAUGACCAUUUUUAGAGGAAAACCUUUCCCCUUUUUCCCACUGAGCAAAUACUUGUUGUAGCAAGGACUCAUGAUUGUUAAUUCUUUAUAGUGUUGUAUUUAAAACGAUGACUAAAUUAAUUUUUCUUCUGAAGGUCAUCCAGAUGGUUGGCCUGCUCUUCAAACAAGACUCUUGAAUGAACUUAUUUAUACUGCUCGUCGAAUAGGAGAUCCUUCUUUGACAGUAAGGUAUGAGCCGUGUUUGUAUAAUGAUUAUAUAAAAAAACAAACCUUCAGGUUGAUGUAUCAAUUUAAAUCCUGAAUAUUUCAUAUUUUAUUGGCUACUUCACUUCAUAUACAAUGUACACAGCCCACACAUGUGGAUACAUGUAGCAAGUAGAGUAAGGCUACAUUUUUUUUAGGGACAGUUUGCAUGAAAUCACACUCCCUGAGAGUAAUUUACAGCUAUUAUUUGGCUGCAUACAUGUAGCAAAUAAAAACAAUUCAGUGAGCAUAAAUUGGCACAGCGCCUUGGAGGCACUUUUAAAAUGUGUAUUUUCAUUCUUUAAUGCUAAAAAUAGAGAAAAUUUUUGAGCAUUCCAAGGUGCCUAGUGCAUCACCAUGUAGGUGAACAGCUUAAAUACAACUUUGGGCUAGAUCACUUUACAUUAUUGACCAAUCAUAAGGUAAAAAAGCUGGACAGUGGCCAAGUUCUUCUCUCUUGGUCCAUAAGAACACAAAAAAGAACAAGGCAUACCGUAAAUGACCAAAUAAUUGCUCACUUCCAAAUAAACGCCUCUUACCUAAUAAACGCCCCCUCUACGCUGUUCAAAUUGUAUUAGAUGCUCUCUCUAAUAAACGAACGCCCCCUCUGAGACUUACUCCAAAAUACUAGGAAUUAGCAGAAAGGAGCAAAAUAAAUCAAUUCCUUCAGUUUCUUGUCUGAUUAACAAAGCUUUGCAUACUUCAUCUUGCUAAUGUCAAGUUCAAAGUAAGGAUAUAGAGAUUAGCGAUGGCAACACAGUAACCCUGAGCGAGGAUUCGGAUAUCGAUGUUGGGAUUUGAAAGAGCAAUAUGGAUUUAUAGAUGGCUUAGACGUAUCAAUUGAUGAAUUUUGAUGAAGUGGAUAUUCCACUAUUUUUAAACUCUCUUGAUAUUUUUGCCGAAAGCAUUGAGCUUAUUGCUGUUAUGGUUAUAAACCCCUCGUAUAUAUUAAACGUCCCCACUUGGAGCCCUAAAAUUCAGUAGCCGCCCUGGGCGUUAUUAGGUUAUUUACGGUAUAUCUGGACAGCCAUCUUGAACUCACGCUUGCUCAUUAAAGGAUUUAUUAUGUCAAAAAGAGAACUUUUUUCUUGUGGGACCAAUGCAAGAAGGGCCGAUCUUGCCCGCUCAAGUAGCCAAUGAGAACACAAGAUUCACUUCAUCUUGCCCACUGGACUUGCAGAUGUAGUCAUAACUACAUGUAUAAUAAGACUGAUUACCACCCUCACAGGUAUGUACUGUGUUCCUUUCUUCAGGCAUGUGACUUUCUUACUCCACACGAUGCAUGAUCAUCUGAGUGACGAGGAGAGGAGAGAGCUGUCAGUACUUCUGGACAGUCCAGCUAGAUUUACUGCGGGCUCACCUAAAGAGAAAGAGAACAACAGAGUUGAGAUGCUAGACUUGGCUUCCUUGUCACUGACUAAAAUGCCUGUAGUUAGGUGAGAUCUGCUGACCUUUGGUAUCAACCCCUUCCUGGCUUUUCUUAGCUUGAAACCAUUCAGAUGCUAGAGCUAAAUUGCCCCAUUGAGAGGUCUGCAUUGUAAUUGGUUUCAGUCCACGGGGAAAAGGCUCUGCUGUUUCGUCAACAUAAAAAUUGAUAUCAGAGUUGGUUGGAGCAACUCAUUGAGGAAAAAUUGUAAAUAGCAAGGGUCCAACAAUAGAGCCCAAUUGUUCCUCCUUAUGAAAGGUAGCCAACUAGAGAAGGUAUCACCAAUUUUUAAAGCUACUUUAUGCAAACAUUAUGGUGGACGAAAACGUUUGGUCGUUAACCGAAGCUUGAUGGCAACUCGCAGUGCGCAUAUUCAGUGCAUAAAGAUUCGUAUUAAAAAAUGUGGCAUAAUUUACCUUCCACAGAUCCUUCAAAGUUCAACCUUUAGCCACUCAUUUGAAACCAGUUGGAAAGAAGUCUCUUACGAGCUCUGAUGCUGGCUCUUCAGGACCGUUUAUAUUUUCAUCUCUGAGACGGAAUGUAAAACAGACAAAGGCGGCUAAAAGUAAGGCCAAAAAAGGGAAGUCGAAUGGAUUGAAGGAACAAAUUUGCUAAGACAACAGUUAAUUGUUGUAGCCACUGUAGGGUUAACACAUCUCAUUUCGGCCGCGGUCGUAUAGGAUGAUCCGGCUCAUGAUUCAUGAUCAUGGUCACUCGAAUCAUGGUACAUCAAAGGAACCGCCGUAUUCCUUCUGGAAAAGUAUGUGUCGUUUCCUUUGAUACACCAUGAUCCGAGUGAUCGUGGAUAAUAAAUCCCAACGGAACACCCCAUUUUACAAUCCCGUGAUUUUUAGGCGGCUAAAAGUAAGGCCAACAAGGGAAGUCGAAUGGAUUGAAGGAACAAAGUUGCUAAGACUACAGUUAAUUGUUGUAGCCACUGUAGGGUUAACACAUCUGAUUUCGGCCUCGGUCGUAUAGGAUGAUCCGGGUCAUGAUUCAUGAUCAAGGUCACUCAAAUCAUGGUACAUCAAAGGAACCGCUGUAUUCCUUCUGGAAAAGUAUGUGUCGUUUCCUUUGAUACACCAUGAUCCGAGUGAUCGUGGAUAAUAAAUCCCAACGGAACAUCCCAUUUUGCAACUCUGUGAAAGGCAGACCUCAGUCGGCAGCUAUUUUAGCUGAUAUCCUUAUGUUAUCAGGUUGGGAUGAAGUUAUGUGUAAGGACUGAAAACCUGUUUGGUACCCUCGUAGGGCACAGUUAGUAGAGGAGACUGGUUCGGAAACUCAGCAAACAUCAAAGUUGAAAACAAGGGUGCUGUAGUUUAUGUUGGAAGCUCCGUGACCGUGCACAAUCCUUUGUUUUUUGUUCACAAAUUAUGACUGAAUAAAUUAAUGCGAUGUUUCUAUUGGUCAGUAAGUUCAAAAUGAUAGGAAUGGCACUGAAUGUUGUGCACGGUCAGGUCCAAAAAAGGUAACAAAAACAUAUAACAAAGGGUUUCCCAACCAUUCCACUUUAAUAACUAUGCGUAAGGUAAACAGGGCUAUUUACGUUAGACUCCAUCCUAACAUUGUCAGUGUAAUUGAGGUUGCAGAAGCGCAGGUAUGAUAUCCAUACCCACGAUCAGACAACGCAAUUAAGGGUUAGCCCUGGAGUCAGGGAAUUACGUGAGGCGGUGACAAAAAUCUUUGAACCUCAGUGGGGAUCGAACCCACGACCUCCAGAUUAUAUCUGCUCUUCCUCUGCCGACUGAGGUACCAGGCGAGACGGAAAGAUGUCACGGACGAUUUGCAACAGUAAAUCUAAUCCUGCCGUGGAUUUGAUCCCAAUUGAGAUUGAAAAAUUUAUUAUUUGCCUCGCGUGGUUCCUUCUUCACUAGUGCUAAUGCUCAUUCUUUGGGGUUUGUAGGUUAUCUGUGGCACUCUAAUUCGCCUUUUGAAAUUUUGUUCUCUGUUCCAUCGCUUGUUUCAUUUUGCAAUGGGUUACCACAAUUAUACGUAAACAGUUAAAAAGCCUAUAAUAUAAGAUACGUUCGUCCCUCCAGAGUUUAUCUUGCUCUUCCAUUUCUCAGAGUGCUUUUGAAUAAGUUGGCUAAUAAAGGACAAUUGUUUAAUUCACAGAUGUAACUUGGGUAUGUGGCGAUAUCGGUCAAGUUUCUCUUGAUGUUUUCAACCCAAUGCCAUUUGAACUCAAAGUCUCUAAAAUGGUAAGAAGUAAAAACCAUUGGCACAAAGCUAAAGCUACGUGCAAGCAGAUGCAACUAAUCCCAUCAAUUUUGGAAGCUGCAGUGCGUCGUGGGAAGGAUACAACCCAUAAGGCUUUAAAGACCAUGUGUAAUUCGCGUGCGUGGCCCUAACAAUGUUGGAAGAGCUGUACAAACGGAAAUAACAUUGUUGCGCUACGCUUUGCCGAUCACGGAGCAGAACAAAUGUUUGCCCUUUUUUAAACUUUGCGUAACAACUUCCAACGACACGGGUGUGCAAACGGACGCAGCAUGUAACAUCCAACAAUGUGGGAGUUUUUGACCAACAAUGUUGCGUCCGUUUGCUCGGGGUUUAAGAACAAAAAUAACAUUAAUAUGUGUGCCUUUCUUUAGAGAGUAAUGUUUAGAGCGGCCAAUUGGGCUGGACAUGUCCCAUAGCUACUAGAGAAUAGGCUCCUGGCUAUUCUGAUUUUACCACGCCUGCCAAAAAUUUUCUUUGCUACCUUCUUUGACCUGUAAUGACUUUGCUGCUUUGUAAACGCCUCUAACGGUCCUGGGAGCUCCGCUUUUUGGCCCAUUAAUCCCCAGCUGCAGUUCCGUGACUCUCUAGAUGGGUAGAUUAUGGGAAUUAUACAGUGACAUACGAGUGCCCUGAUCUAUGAAAUUUAUCGCUGGUAGCAUUUUUCACUGAUAACUCCAUGUACAGAUGGCCACAUCAUAUCAACUAACGUUUGACUUGCAGUUCCUCUAAAUAAAUAAACUAUUUUUUCCUUUGUAGGUUCUGUGUGUAGAAGGUUGUGAAUUUGAACCCUACCCAACAUGUUUGUCCCUUCCAGCCAAGACUGGUCCUCAUACAGUUAUUCUACUUGGAAUUCCGCAGUCAGCCGGUCAACUGAGAAUCACUGGUUAGUGGGUUUACAAAAACAGCUAUAGCCAUUCAUCUGACUGAACUCGAAAGUUAAAGCCUACAAUUUCGUAGAACAAAAAGAAGUUAGAUUUUUCCAAACCAAAAUUCGGUAGAAGGCGAAAAAGGCUUCGCCAUCGUCUCUCGUUUAUUUAUUUAUGUAUUUAUUCAUUUGUCAAAUUCGCACAGUUCUCUUCCAGCUAGCCAGCGUAGCAGGCGUUUGAAAGGAAAGGGAAAGGGGAUUCUUAGCGCGAGAGAGAGGCCCUUCUCCCUCGCGCCGUCUUGCGCCCAAAUUCCUUUCCCCUUCCCUUUCGAUUGCCUGUCACGCAGGCUAUCGCCUGGCGUUUGAGUAAUAGCCCACGUUCGAUAUAUUAAAAUUCUAACAGGACUCCAAGGCUUUAGGAUGAAAAUUGCAAAUUUUUCACGACUCCUUUGUUUCGAAAUUCCCAGAAGAGGACUGAGCACAAAGAAAACCAAACCAAAUAUAGGAAAAUGACCAGAAAGCCUCAGAGUCAUGUUAGAGUUUUAAUUUAUCGAACGUGGGAUAUUAUUGCUUGUAGGUGUCGUCUUAGCCUGUUCCAAGCGUUCAGUUGGCUGGGUGUGGUGCGAAGUUAAAAGGAGCGCGAGGGGGGAGAGGUCUCCCCAGUCUCCCUCUACUUUUUAUCGCUUUCUUUAAUUCGCACUGCUUCCCACUAUCUGAACGCCUGAAACAGACUAGCGUCGUUUCCCAAAAUUAUAAAGUUUAUGACUUUUGUGAAAGUUCAAGACUGUACGAAGCAUUUUUAGAGCCAAACUGACAUGUGCUCUGUAGACGUUGUGGUAAUGUGUCAACAUUUGUGCGCACUUAGAUGAUGCGGCGUUAAUCGGACGGUCAUUCCACUUUAAAGGAGACACAUAAGCUAGGGGCUUGUUUUAUAGAUAUUAGACUCGGUUUAUAAACUAUUUGGAAUGCUAAUAGACAGAAAUUCCAUUGUCACCAAACAACGCUGUCUUAUUGACUAGACAUUUACGCGCCCCGGUAGCCGGUCAUUUAAAGCCAUUACUAUCUCUCUCUAGGUUACAAUGUGACUGUAUUCGGAGUAGAAAGUACUUGUAAGCUGACAGAGGAAAACCUGGAAAACAAACAUGCCUUUCCAGUGAUAGUUGAUGUAGUUCCAGCCAUGCCGCUCCUACAGGUGUCCACCGGGCUACCCAAGGUUCGGUCGCAGCCCCCUGAUCCUGACUCGCCUCAGUCGGCUGCAACCCUGGUCACUGCUGUCACGCUUUAUGCUGGGCAAAGGUGAGUUUGUAGUAAAACAAAAAGUUUAGUUCCCAGCCUAGGAAAAAAAAAUUUUUUUCUUGUCCACCAGCAUGGCCACCGUGACAUCAGCUGAAAAUCAGUAAUAGGUUAAGCGAGAAAAACAAGUUCAACUCUGCACGUACAUCACGUUUUUCUUUCCCGUUCCUGAACUACAAAAGCCCUGUUUACAUGAAGCGUCACCCUAGCAAGCCUACUUUCCAUAUAUUUCCUUACAAAACGGUCGAAAACGUGGCGAAGCAAACCGUUUACAUGAUAAACAAAAAGUUGGUUCGUUUAGAAGGAUGACCCGUGGGUGGAUCAUACUCUAUAAACAUUUUGGCUUGCCCAGCUGGGUCAACUCGCUCAAUACGAGCCAAUCAGAGCAUGCGACAGUGCUAUUUUAGACGAUCAGAGCAUGCGAGGGCGCUGUUGGCUCGAGCAAAGGGGUCAACUCCCUUUUCUCAUAUCAACGCUCUCUAAAGUUGACUAGGCUGAGCAGGGGACGACGAUUCUUCAUAUAAACGGGGCUAAGACGUGAAAAGGUCAAUUUUUUUUGUGUUCUUGAAAACUUCAACGCCGAGCAAGGCAUAACUAUCAGAGCUCGGGCGUGAUUCCCUCACCAACCUGAUUUCUAUGGUGUAGCUGGACUACUUCAAAAAUAGUCGCAAAAGUUUUGAAACGACGCGAAAGCAUUUUUUCUUUUAGCGAUGUUGUCUUUGGCGUCACCGUCAUAAAUACUGUAGCAAGCUAAGGUGGAACAUUUUCAUUAUUGAAUACACGUGUGUGAGGCUUCCUUAGAAUGUAUUAUUUCUAGUAUGUACAACUAUGUUUUGUCUGUUCAAUUUUCUAAAUACAGCAUGAAAGGAACCAUUACACUGGAAAAUAUUGGGAGGUUACCAGUGGAUUCACUUAAUAUUACUAUCAGUAGCAAGGAGGGAGAGGGUAAGUGCCCCACACCACCCCAUUGAUACAGGAUUUACACAACUGUGAUUUGCUUACUUAAUAUCAUAAUCAGCGCUGGGGUAACAGCUUAGAUUGAGGAAGGUUUAGCCGGAAGGUGGUAAUCCGUGUUGGAACACCUUAAUGAUCUCAACUCACUUCUCUAUUUAUCGCCUUAAAAACGAAAGUAACGGAAAUUUAAAAUAAACAAUAAAAAAAGAAGAAAAAAUAGGAAGGAGAGGGUUCUAGAGAGAGAGGAUAGUUUAAAUCAUCACUUGCACCCUAACAAAAAAUGGCGCCGCGCGGCGUACUACUCUACAGAGGCAUCUUUCUGUUUACGUGUAGGUAGUCAUAUGACAAAAUAUGACUUCAUAUUUCAUAACAUGGACAGAAGACGACUUUCAUUUCCUCAACUGACAGAUUCGUUCGUGUUGGUUUUUGUCAGGUGCUAAUGAACUCUUCAGCUUUGACGAUAAGGAAAUUGUUUCCAAGCUCCCAGUUGUCCCGGGUGAUACCACUGACAUAACGGUCACAAUAACAGGGACUCCUCAUAUCCCACAAGGUAUCGAGAGCAAUGAGAAGCUAAGCUACGACCCCGAAGCGCCCUGGGGAUUGACGGGAACUAUUCUUUUCCGGUACGCGUCAGGAGUUACCGGAAAUAAAAUGUCUCGUAAGGCUACCAUGGCGAUUGAUGUGACUGUGGUUCCCAGCUUGCUGUGUGAGAACUUUCAGAUCAUUGAGCUUCCAAGGUACUUUUAUUUAUUUUGGUUAUAAGAGGGGACAUGAAUAAUAAUAUAACAUGCCCAUCUUUUUUAUUUUCCUAUUUCUUUGAAUAGACUGAAUUGUGUCCUUUUUAGACAGGCUUGGUUUCGCAGUGUGGAUCGUACAUAAAGGAAAAUGUUAAGAACUACAUUAUGAGUCCAUAACUAAAUCUAAGAGUUGAAGAGUUUAUUAAAUCAAACGCGAAAACGGUUAACCACUCUAUCAGGAGCACGUGGGUGGCGCAGUGGUGAGAGCAUUCGCCUCCCUGCAAUGUGGCUCGGUUCAAAUCCCGGCGUCAACGCAAUAUUUAUCAUUAUGUGGGUUGAGCUUGUUGUUGGCUCUCUCCUUUGCUCCGAAAGGUUUUUCUCCAGUUAAUCCGGUUUUCCAUCUCCUAAAAAAGCAACAAUUUCAAAUUCCAAUUCGAUCUGCAAGAACUCCUUAGUCCUUGGUGCGUAAACAAAUUAGAUUUUUUUUAAUCAAUGCCUCACCGAUUUAAACUUUAGCAUUUUUUCCUCUUUCAGUGACAGGUGUCAUUGCUUACUGAUGUUUGACGCCGUCAAUAAAACUUCUAAUGACAUGGAGCUUUCUUAUUCAGUGCAAAGUGGCAGUGAUCAAUCGUGUGGUAAGAUGAAUUGAACACUCUUCAACUCUGAAACUCCUUAGCCAAUACGCUUUCGCCACCAGUCAUAGUGCCAUUUGAUUCGCAUAGUUAGACAUAGUUGGACUUCAACAAGCAGCGAAACAUUGAGCGUUUUCUCCUUUGCCCAUGCAUUCCGCCCAUUCCCAUUGCCCACUGCCCAAAAGAAAAAUUGCACGACCAUUGUUUCCAAUAGGCCCUUUGCAGCUAGCCAUUCACGUAGUACAAAAUCGCCGUGCUUGGGAGCUAAAGUCGCACUGGGACAAGACAAACAAAAGGCAUUCAUAAUGUUAAAUGGUAAUUUCCUUUGUUUGUCUUGUCCCAGUGCGACUUUUCCUCUCCAGCAUGGCGGUUUUGUACCACGUGAAUGGCUAGCUACAAAGACCCUGUCGCUCCUGGGUAUUGUGCCUAAAGAAAUUGAAGGCAAUGCUGCUUUUUCGGCGAGGGGGUGGGCCUUGAGGUGCCUCAAGGUAUAUCGAACAAUGUGAUAGUUGUGUUUUCGCUUCAUUAUGAAAUGACAACAAAAUCCAAGUUCAUUUCUUUACGCAAAGAGAAGGGCAGUUAAGUUGUUUGAUCGUGUUUUUAUUGUUAUUUUGUCACCUUUAAUUCAGAAUUGGUCAGUGUUUUUUUUAAAUAACGUUUCACCUUUGCGAUUUCAUACAGCUGUACCACCUGCAUUGCCAGCCUCUAUGUUGAUGCUAUUUGACCGUUUACUAUGAUAAAGGAAUCAAAACUGUGAAAAGCGUAAAAACUACUAUAUACUUGUGAUAGUUAGGAUGAUGUCAGUUGUUCGAAGUCUCAAUAUCAUAUUUUGACCCAGACCAUUUUUGAAAUGACACAAUUUCAAAUGCAAUGUGGGACAUAUGACCCACUUCGACUAAUUUCCGGAUUGAACACUGUAAGCGCCGUGUUUAGCAUUGAUCCUAAAUAAGGUGAUAUUACUCAAUUGCCAUCUCUUCUUGUCCACAGAUGAGGUUAUGAAUAUCCAAGGAAAUGACAAAAAUAGGUAAGUUUAUUUAAUCUUCGCCAAUUCUUUUUCUUAAAGGGAGCGCGCCAGGUCUUGGAUCGAAUAGGAAGCAAUUUUGAAAGACUGAGUAGUAGAUCAGUAACAGUGCAUAGUGUGAACGCACUUUGAAAUUGUGGCGCGGAAAUCUGAAGCAGUAUAUCUUCAAUUGUUUUUCUAAGUUUGUUCCGCUCGACAGUGCAGAUGGCACACCUUGCCAUUUAUUUUUUUUUCAAGUCGCGCACAUGGUUUCGUGUGUCACUGCGUUCUAACUUGCUUUCGUUUUUUUUCUCCAGGGUGACCAUGAAUCUACCAAGGGUUGCCUUACCAGUUUCAGAGGAAUCAAAGCAACAGGUCAGGCUGAUAGAUAGAUAGAGUGUUCAUUAUGACACGCUAGCGGGUCAAAUGGGAAACUCUUAGAUCAAAGGCGGGACUUGUCUAACUACCAAACUACAAGGAGACUUUUUUCCCCCCACCUGCCUAUUCACAAAGUUGAAAAUCGCGCAAGCUUUUUCAAAUUUCACCUUUUAACAACUCUGAAAAGGGACGAGGAGACUGCUCAGUGCGUGCCCCCCAAAAGUGGAAGUGUUCCAAGUUAUUCUGACCGGGGUUCCAAACCCGGACAAAGUAAUUGGGACACUUGGUCGAUUUCCCCAUCCUUUCCCCUCACAAAGUUGAAAAUUGCUCAAGCCUUCAAAUUGCACCUUUUAACAACACUGCAAAGGGGCGAAGGUACUACUCUUUGCAUGCUCAAAAAAUCGGAAGUGUCUCAAGUUUUUUUGACCGGGUUGUAGGUUCUUUAUUAUACUACAGAGUUAGGAAAUAGGUAUGACGCUUUUCACUUAAGCAUAUUAAUACAUCAACUUUUAUUUGUAAAGGAUUCAAAGGAUUUCAAGACGAGGAGAGGAGCGGAAUGCAAAAGAUUCGUGCGUGACAAAGUGAAACUUCAUUGGAGCCUUGUAUCCUUUUGCUGCGUUUAGGAACGGUUUCCUUAACUACUUUUUUUCAACUCUAGAUAAAGGAAACUAUUCAUAUCCAAUGGGAUACAUUUUCACGUUUAUUAUGUUGUUUAAGUUUGCUUCCUUGUUAGCAUGCUAUGUGCUUAUUAUAAAUCCAACUUUGUGUUUACAUAAUUCUAAACUGAAGAUUACUGUAAAGCUGUGGAAACAUGUUUUUAAACAUAAGAACUGUUCAAUUUAAAAUUUGUCUCCUACUCCUUUAGACUGGGGAUUUAGAAAAAUAGUAAGCAAGGCGAUAGGUGUUACCAAUAGUAAAGCGUAGUAUACCAAACCAGUAGCAACCGCAAGCGUAUUCCUCAAUCUAAAGAUGGCGAACGUUCUCUUUUGCGCGAAUCCCUAUAGAGAUUAAGCAUUGCGUUUGCGGCAAACAGCAAACGUGAGAGUCAAGUUGAGAAAUCUUCAAAAUGAGAAACGAGCAAAUAAAAACAGCUUAAAACAAUUCUUAUGGAUAGAAUUGGCGUGAAUCUACCGAUUUUCGUGUAGUUAAAGUGUACAGUGAAAGACCUUGGCCACGUGGUACAAAUCCAGGAUUGACGAUCCUUAAUCUCUCUUCUGCUUCUUAGCAAACGGUUAGCGUGGUCUUUACAUGAAACACUUACCGUUUGCUUAGGUGGAAAUGAAGUCCAUGGUUAAAUUUUUUGAAAAGCGCUUUACGCUAUCGACUUUAAAGACUUCAAAUAAACUAGGAAACAAACAAACAAACAAACAAACAGACCAUCUUGAUGUGUUGCCCCCCUUCGCACUCAAGCACCGCAAUUUCUUUAUAGACUAACCCCUCUAUCAGAAGUUAGGAAUGUAAAUCUUCUGUAACAUCCUUAACGUGGCCUCAGCCGGCUUGUCGAGCAUCAGGUACCGGUAAUGUGGACAAUCUGAAGCUAGACGCCAUCAUGAUACAAGCCUUGAUGCCUGAUCCCAUUACGUUUGGUAAGCAAGAGGUCCCCCCAGAGUAUAGCGCUUUAGUUACAUCAAGCCGCAUGGCUAGUAGGGCACUAGUAGUCUGCUUUAGUCGGCUUUCCUCCCCACGGGGAUCAUUACGAAGGUGACUAGCAGAGCACAACUGAGAUCUCGGGAUCAUUCAAUACGCGGCUCGAUCAACCUAAAGGCAUGCUCUUGAAGGGGCUAGGUCACGUUUUUUUGUAUUUUUUUCUUAACCCUAGAAGCACGUUGUAAUAACAGAAAACCCUGAAAUAAUGGUCCUGUUUUAUUCAAAAGCACUCUGUCUGUACCAUACCAUAACUGUCAGUGCAAGACUUAGGCCUUCAAUGUACAUGUGUUGUCGAAAAAUUAUUAGGUUUCGUUCUCCCUUAUGAAGAAUCAUUUGAUAUCUUUCUUUUAGAGUCCCAAUGCUUUUGACCACUUUAUCCAUAAAUGGGCUAAAUCAUCAACUAUUAACAUAAUUUGGAGAAGCGUUAAAACGUAUGUUUAUCAAUUUAAAAGUAAUGAAAUAGUAGUCCAGCAGUAUUUUGAGAACAGUUGUAGUGAUGACAGAAAGUAAAGAUAAUGGUAUGCAACUUGAUAAAAAUUUCUUUUGUUUUGUUCUUUAUAGUUACAUUUUUCCCCUUUUUUGUCAGAAAGUAAUUGUGUUUAGAAGUUAGCCGGUCGAACCAUAGACACCCUAACCCAUACUACACCGUCCACUUGUGUUUCCCAAUGCGCAUGCGCAUUGGUCAGAGGGUCCCACAAUUGCAAGAGUUUGUCAAGGCUGCCAGAUAAAUAUCAGUUGUGUCACACUUAAUGGACGGCUUCCCUUCGCUGAAGGUCAAGCGCAUCUAAAUCUAUUCUAGCAACCGAAAGGUUGUUGCGUUGGGUUGCCAUGUAGCGACAUGACCUUUGAAAGGCAGGUUCCUCUUUUUAAAUAACGAUUUUUUUUCUAAUCUUUUGAAGAUGUAAAGAUAAACGGACAAGAAUACGACAACACAUGGCCAAACGAAGUGACGAGUUCUUUGUGUAGUAUUGUGGAUCUCAGUGUUAUAGUCUCUAAUAAAAGCGGUGAGUUAUAAGCUGUAGAAUUAAUUUUCUUAGGAUUUGCGCACAUUUUUUAGGUACUUGUGAUCUAUAAUGCGUGCCUAAUUCAUGGUUUUUCCAAAUUAGUCACUUCAGGUAGCCUGUAUUACAAAAGCAGUUAUCAUAAAGCUAAAGAAAAAAUACUAAAUGAAGUGUAAUAUAAGAAUGCACAAAGCCAACGUAUUUUACAGGACUGAAACAUUUUGAAAAAAACAUGGCUGUCAAACUCUGUUGCUAUGGUAACGUCAUUGUUAACGUACACGUCACAGAGACUUUGAAAUAUUCUCACAUAUUUUUUUAGGAAAAGUCGCUAUGUUUGGUAGUCACAGUUUGAACGGUUUAGAAAUCGUUUACCUUUUUCCUGAGUGGGGUUCCAAACACCCCCUCACCCCCCUCCCCCUCCCGGUCUGAUAGCGAGGACGACAUAUGAGGGGGUACGGGAGCGUUCCGCAGAGCUUGUUUACAGGCUCAGGGUUAGGUUUGGAAGGUUUUAAUGACCUAUCCUGUUUGUUUUCUACUCUGUUAUCACGCAGAUGAGUCACUUGGACCGUUGUUGCUUACCAUUGAGCCAUAUCAGGACCAAGCCUCUGGCUUUCCAGUGACCGAGCUGGAUGAAAAAUUGAGCUGGAUUGGGACGUUACAGCUCCACACGUCCGAGGUACAGUUUUAAUUCUUUUUACAUCUGUUGCAGUCUUUCUUACUUUAGCCACGGUAAAACAAGCAACAUAAAGUUCAACUUGUUUUGCAUCAUUCGCACAGGGGUGUUGCGAAAAGUACAACUACUCUCUACUUUCUGCAACAACUUUUUGUAACGUGCUACAACUUAAUUCGUGGUGGUAAAACCAGCAAAACCUCUUUUCAACUCGUUUUGCAGUGACGUUGCAAAACAAGUUGCACGUUUUAUUGCCCCAAUUUUUUACCCCAUAACUACUAAAAUUUUAGACUGGCGUUUUCAGAGAAGGGUUCCCUACUACCGUAAACUGUUUCUUAUAAACCCUUGGCUUAAACAUGUUCGUAAGGGUUUUUGGAAGAGCUUAUAUCCGAAGGGGGCAUAUAACCGGAAUAGAAAAAGCUCUUCGAAGAAAGCUAUAGUAGUGCUGGUUAAAAUAUAUGUUUUUGCAUUUACUAGUUUUUAAUCAAGCUACAAAACGUCAUAAUAAAUAAAUUUGAUUUCAGUACAUUUGGAGGGGGCUUGUAUCCUGGGGUGAUGGGGUCUAUUAUCGUAUGUACUUGCUGUCUUUAGAAGUUUGCCGGUCGAAUGAUAGACCUGCUUAAAUGCAAACUAUACCGUCCGCCUGUUUUUCCCAAUACGCAUUCGCUUGACCAGAGGGUCCCAUAAGCGCUAGAAUUUGUCAAGGCUGCCAAAUAAGUAUCAUCUGCAUCAUGGGUAAUUUUUCUUUGUUUCCAGGUAGAUUGGCCUAAAAUUAAUUUUGGGUUGGAUGGGGCCGGGUGGGGGAAGGGUGGUUGGGUGUUAUAAGUCGCGAGGCGGAAAAAAAGGCAGUUUACGGUAUCAUUCAACGCAACUGACCAACGCUUGGCUGUAUUUCGUUAUCCUUAGUUAUCGCCAGGAUCUUCUCUAUGUCACUCUUGUUCAUUGGUGUUCUUGUAUGCUGGGCAGUAUAUGGUUUCUAUUUCUUGUACUCGAAUCUCUGACGAGCGAGCGGAUUCAAAAGACUCAGUAUCUAAUGUAAUGGAGCGAACUCGUUAUUUGGAAUCAAAUAUGGCAAACCUAGCGAAUGACAGCCCUUAUGCUUCGUUAAAGAAGACAUGGACGUUUUCGCCGCCGAUCAAAAUUAACGUCGUUUAGUGCAGGGGAUAGUGGUCUUCGUUUGAGUAAUGGAAAGGUUGUUUUGAGAGGAAAACUAACAUCGGUUAUCGACCCGGUGUAGUUGUGUGCUACUGACGUAUGGGACCAACCGUAAAACCAAUGUAAGCUUAUGCAACUGGUUCAAUGUGCUGCAAAACGAGCAAGGAGUGCCAGCGGAAAAUUGUCUCCCGGGCCAUGCGCAAAAAAUUGAUGACCUUAGAAAAAAAUGUCCAAGGAUUAGUGGAAGCUUAAUUCCUGCCAUGUAUUACAAUAUGUAGCAAAGACUUCUCAAGUGGUUCAGUUUCUUUGUAUCGUCAGCUACUCUCAAAGGCGUCCAAAGGUAAACCACCGUGUGUUGGAGGUAUUGCGGAAAAUAAUCUUACGGGGAAUUAAUAUUCACCUUUAAAACAAACAAAAUAUAGAACAACACUAUUUAGCCCUUAAGGCUAUGUUCACCUUAUCCGGUUUGGUUUUCGUGCUGACACGAAAAGCUAUCUGCUACUCUGUGAACCCCUAUCCGAUAUGUGACCCUCCGCGUAAAAGAUCAGCUGCGCCGUUACGGUAAUUGCGCCAAAAUCACCGUUCUUAUGUUGUGAUUAGACCCGGGGGUGGGGGGUACUCCCAUAUAUGGGCUAUAUAGGUACGUGCCGCGGAAUAGGGUAUGGUUUUUGAGGUUCUCUGUCCUUAAAUAGGGUAUCAUUUUUGACCCUUUUGUUUCUGUGUCCCUGGUGUGGUCCUUAGAUAGGGUAGCUUAAUUGCAUUAUCUUAUACUGGAGUGUGAAAACGCCCGCCUAAACGAACAUUUUUUUUUUAAACUAGGCUUAUUCUAGUAUUUUAUGCUUGAUGCUAUACCUCGAAUGUUACAGAGAAGAAA